GACGCGAUGGCUGCUUCUGCCGCUGCUCUCGGGGAAGUUGGAGGCGCCUUGCACGGCAUCGACGGCGUCGCGCAGGUCGGGUCCCAUUUCUUCCUGACCCCGCUCGGGGACAGUCCGACCUUUCUGGGGGAGCACCUCAUGCCCGGGGACAGGCUCUCCAGGAGCACCCCGGCGGAUUUAACGCACCUCAAAGGGAUUCUCAGGAGGAGACAGUUAUACUGCAGGACUGGAUUUCAUCUGGAAAUACUUCCGGAUGGCUCAGUGCAGGGGACGAGGAAGGACCACAGUCGCUUCGGUAUUUUGGAAUUCAUAAGCCUUGCUGUUGGAUUGAUAAGCAUUAGAGGGGUGGACAGUGGACUCUAUCUGGGGAUGAACGACAAAGGAGAGCUGUAUGGCUCUGAAAAGCUCACAGCUGAAUGUGUCUUCAGAGAGCAGUUUGAGGAGAACUGGUACAACACAUACUCGUCCAACCUCUACAAACACGGAGACAAAGGGACGCGUUAUUUCGUGGCAUUAAAUAAAGAUGGGACACCGAGAGAUGGGACUAAAUCCAGGCGGCACCAGAAAUUCACUCACUUCUUGCCCAGACCUGUGGACCCUGAUCGUGUGCCAGAGCUGUACAGAGAUAUCCUGGGACACAGCUGAGACCCGGAGGCCCGGUCCAGAUCAGGAAUAGCUGCUUAAAGCCCUGGCAAGGCAGGGGAGCAGAAAGAGAGAAGAGGGACGCAGGCGGGGAAGUGGCCGGUGCAGGCUGGUGGACAGCAGCCCGACCAGCAGGGAUAAAGGCACCGGGGGCCUCUUGUAGGAAUGCACGGGCCAUCUCUCAGCGGCCAGGAAGACAGGCUAGAAUGUCUGCACGCUCGGCAUGAGAGGGUCGUUUGUUUCGACCCUAAAGUACCUGCGCGGAAUAGGAGACAAAAAGGAAACGGAGCUGAAUGGUCCUGGAGCAUCUGCUCCGCUGUGUGCUGGUCGGAGAUGUCAGCCGGCGCGUUGAACCUGUAACGUCACCAGAUGAUACUUUUAUUCUUUGUCACGGAGCUGCGGUUUGUUAAGAAGGACUUUGAAGGAAUUCAGAUUUUGUUUUCUCACCUGUGUCUAGACCUGUUUGAAAAGAGCAAAGUGUAAAAGUUUAUUUAUUCUUUUUAGAUACAUAUAUUUAUGUUAUAUAUUUAUUUAUUGGAGAAUAUAUUUUUUACGGUUAGAAUCAUGCAAUAUAGAGAAACCACUAGGCAAUGUAUCGAUUAUAUAGAGACUGAAACACUGUACUGUUAUGUCCUUUAUUCUGAAAAAAAAAAAAAAAAAAAAAGCUCAGACCAAAACUAUGUAAAACGAUCUCCACGUCUGACAUGUAUUUUAUCACAAUGUGGCCACUGUGAAUCAUUUAUCUUAAAUUCUGACACCAAACUACUGUUACACGUCUUCCUAACGGGACCUGAAGUCAACAGACUGACAAUACAAACAAUAAAUCACUCACAAU